UACCUCUCUCAAUGAACACAAACCACUGAGACAGAGUUAACCUACUACGUUGAUACUUAAACAGUAUUAUCUAGAGUUAUAAGAGCUUAAAGUUAGGGGCCUUAUAUUUUCGCUAUCGUGCUUUAAACUUUUUAUAAGCGGCCUUGGACAUAUACUUUUUACAUCGAAAAAUUUUUUAUGCACCGCCGUAAUAUCUGUAAUGCUAGAAGAUGACUUAAGCCUAACUUUAAAGAAAGAGACAAACUAUGUAAAAGUAAAUUCUGGAAUAAAAACUGUUAAGGAACUUCCCCCUUCUCCCAGGAGAUUGGCUUACUGUUGUGAUGGUCCUUCGGAUGAACUAGUAGGUGCAGAAGAAACCAGUAAUAGAAGAACAUAUCCUUCUCGAACUCAAGCUAUUAAGUUUUUAAAAAGUAUUACCCUUACUUCUGAAGUUUCUAAUAAAGGAUCGUACACUUUUAACUCUAUAAACAACAGCGCCAAUGCCUCCUAUAUAAGACUUUUCAGUAACUACUUACCUGAAGAAAGUUCUCCUACUAAACUAUCAGUAACCGAUCAUUCUAUUAUACAAGUUGUUACUGAAAAUUCAAAGGCUAUCCCUACGAGUCGCUCUGAGAAAAAUAUAUGUACAUUCGAAUUUCGGUGUAAAGGGAACGAAAAAAGACUCAUUGAACAUAAUGACUCUCCUUUGAAGGCACGUCAAAAAAAGGAAUUUCCAAGCCCCUUAUUUAAAGCGCAUCUUAAGAAAGGUAGCGCUAGUGCAACUUCUUUUUUUGUCGACUCUAAAGAAUCUAGCACCCCUUUUAAGGGCUCGAAUACAAAACUUGAGGCCCCUCUUUCCGUGACGGUUAUUGAUGUAAGCCAACUCGCAGCCGCUCUGGAAGAGCGCGUUAUACUGGUGUCAAAAAGAUUUGCUCCUUUUGCAGCUUUCAGUGUCAUUGGCUACAAAAAAGAGUCUCAAUCACGUGAAUCCUUUUCUGGAAGUAGCCGAAAAAAUUUUGAAGAGUUGAGCACUAAAGGAUUAAAGAAAUCCUUUAGUAGCCAUAAGUUUAAGCAGCUAAAGAAAACAGCCAUUUCUUAUAAAUAUCUUUUUGAAACAACGAUUGAAAGUUUCUAUAAAGGCUUCGUUUUAGAUAAUCCGGAAUUUCAGUUGGGAAAGCAUAAAAAUGUAGCCUUCCUGUCGUCUUAUGUGUCUUCCGUUAUACAGUACGUAAAGCCUGCUGACCUUAAAAAAGAUUUAAAUGAACAAUUCAGAGAGAAAUUUCCGGAUGUUGUUAUUUCACUUUCCAAGUUAAGAAGUCUGAAACGUGAACUUUUUUAUAUUAUUGUAGUAGAGUGUAAGCUGGAAGUGUCCUCUGUAGCGCUGGCAGAACUUUAUUUUGAGAAGUUAACCAAAAAGGGAUUUGUUCAUAAGGGCAACCGCAAGUUAGUUGUUGGUAUAUACUCCUCUUUGCUCUUGCAAACACUAUAUAAGGUGAGGUUCCUCUGUUCCACAGCUACAUGUGGACUCCUGGCGGUUAAGUUCAAUGACCACAAAACGGCUACAGGAAGCAUAAAACAGUUGUGCGACUCUCUAGAGAGAAACUUGCACGUGUCCAAAAAGGAGAUAUUUUCAUUUGAGUUUGAAGUGUUUUCUAGACUAGAGUUCUCUCUAAAAGCUCCUUUGGAUAAAGUUAUGGAACGUUACAACAAACUUGUGGAGAAUCUCUAAUGAUUUUUACUUUAAACUCAUCAUGGAGCAACUUUGUUACCUCAACUAAUUUAAAAUAUAAACUAUU